UAUAUAUUUCACGGCUACGCCUCUGAUAGCAAGGAAGAGUGUCUAAUCCUUCGGAUGGGAUAGAAAAGCAAGAUUCUACGUACAUGUUGGGGUGCACAUGAAAAGAACCCUUGGCAUUUGGAAUUUCAACAUAAAUGUAAACAUUACUCUCCAUGUAAAAUUUCCCUCAUAGCCCACUGCAUGGUGUAUUCCUGUCGUCAUUAGAGCAGUUGGUGCAGAAAUGUAGGAUGUUGAACCUCAUUUCAUUUCAUUUAAGAUGUAUAAGUCUCUCAACCAUAGCUCUCAUUUCCUGUUAUAUUUGCUAGUUUUACCUAACAUGCAAAUUAUAUGGAUGAACACUCACAACUUGUCACCCCGGAUUAGUCUCAGGUGUUUUAUUGACUGAUCACAUGUGUGUUUUCCCUCAUAAAAUUAAGAUAAUCUGGAAAUGGAAAAAAUUUGAUGCAUCCACCACUGGUCUCUGCUACUGGUAAUGGGAUUAUCUUACUGAAGUAUGAAAGAGUGGAUGCACCUACCACUAGUCUCUGCUACUGGUAAUAAGAGGCGUUUUUGUGAACCGAUUAGAUUAGACCGAUUAGCUAUUAUACGCAUUUGUGAACCAAGUUGAUUAUGCUAAUCGUUACAUUUGUGAGACGAUUUAACUCAACUGAUUAGGCAAAUCGACCUAAUCGUCCCAGGAGGUGUUUAGGCGAUUAGAUUUGACGUUUUCAAAAUGGCGGAAUGUUCGACAUCUUACCUUUUAUAACUAAUCAAUCAUUUCAAGGUCAAGCAAUACCACAACAGAUUAUUUUUCAACAACCUAAUGGACAGAAUCAGUUGAUGAAUUCAUUUCUACAGACGGCUAAUGGUCAGAUAAUAUGGCAACAACCAAUAACAGGAGAUAAUAAUCAACAACAACUACAGACACAAAAUAUGUUUCAAGUUCAGUAUCCACAAAACCUAAACCAGUUUAUUCCUGCUAAUAAUCAGAUGAUUAACAAUCAGUUUUUACAACAAGUUCAAACACCAACUGGUACAUUUUAUCAUCAAAAUGGUCAGCUAAUACAAACCACAUCAUCAGAUGAUCAACAAGCCAUAACAACAACCGAUACAAACAAUCAAAACCUGAUAAACAACAACAACCAAACAACAGCAAUAACUACAGAUAAUGACAAUGGCAAUGUUUUAUUGAUGGUACCUGGAUCUACUAAUACAACUACUGUUAAUCGUUUACCAAUACCAAACUGUGAUGAUGUUGUUGAUGAACCACUAUAUGUUAAUGCCAAACAAUAUCACAGAAUAUUAAAGCGUCGUAUUGCUAGAGCAAAACUAGAAGCUGAGGGAAAAAUAUCAAGAUAUAGAAAGAAAUAUUUACAUGAAUCUCGUCAUAAGCAUGCUUUGAAAAGAGUACGGGGUAAUGGUGGUCGUUUUUUCUCUUUGAAGAAAGAAGUUGAAAUAGCUAUAAAACAGGAACCAAUGAGUCCAUCUAACAAUCCAUACUGUUUUGAAAACGAUCAUUUUUCAACCAUGAAUCUUGCUGGAACUGUUAACUGUGCAUUACCGUUUGUUCCAAAGUUAGAACCAGAAGACCCGCCAAUGACAUCAUCAGAUCAAUUCAACCAAUCAACAUUAGUCACAGACAUUUCAUCUAUUGCCAUGGCAACACACAUACAUGACCACUCAUUGGUAUCAUAACAUAAACUACUUAUCUUUGAUAUAUUUUAGUUGUUAUUAUUAAUUUGAGUGCAUUUAUUUUAUUUACCUGGUCAUGAAAAUAAAUCCUCAUUUUUGUUUUUAUGUUUUGUCUACACUUGUUUCUUGUUAUACUGUUUAUUUUCAUGACUGAGUUUCCCAAGAUUUGUACAAGGCCAUACAAAAUAAAUUGAUUAGAUUUUCAAGCAAUGUUCUUGUCCUGCCAAACCCUCAUUCGAGUCCAUUAGAUAGUGGUAUGUAAUUAUUAUGAAAACUAGAGUUAUUUCCCCUGUAAUUUGUCUCGCCAUCGCCCCUUAAAAUCGUUGUUGCUUGAAAAACGAAGAAUUUAUUGUGUAUUGCCUCAUUUAUUAUUUUUUUUAAAACAAAACCUGUCACAGUCAGUUCCAUGUAAAUGAAAUAGAUAAGACAAUAACCUGAUUAUUAUUAUUAUUAUUAUUAUUGUGUUAAGAUGUAUGUCAAAUAUUUUUAAAUUAUGUAGCAGUACCUUGUUUCUUUAAUGCCUGCUUCCGCAAAAGUGGUUGUUUUAUUUUCCUUAAACCUAAUUUAAUGAAAUCCCAAAUGAAAUGUUUUAAUUCCAAAGAUAAUGCUGCAUUCAGAGUUAGUUGUGAAAUCAAAAUCAUUGCAUGCAGCAUAUUUUACUGUGCUUAAAGUCGAUGAUCCUGGUUGUGUAUUCUUCCGAUAAUGUCUUAUAUUUCAUGCCAGCUGAAAGAGACGUUAUGCCAGAACUAAUUCUGCCUAUUGCAAGCCUUUUUUCUGGCUUAAAAUGUUAGAUAAAUUAUUAUUUAGACAUUUAUUCACAUGACAAGCCCAUAAUUAACUUUCUAGGACAUCAGAUGGCUUAGAUAUUAAGUGGAUUAGACUAGGUCCGCCAUAUUUAAGUUUUUGAACUGAUAUUCCUUUCAGAGAUUAAGCUUUUACAGUAUUGUAGUUUGCAAGGGAUUUAAAAUCUAUCAAAUGAUGAUCAGCUGCUUUAAAGAUACAUUAUGAAAUGGUUUUUACUUUUAUUUAUACUUAAUUUUAUAAACUAGUCAAUACUUCAAUCAGAAUUUUUCAAAUCUAUUUAUUUUCUUUGAUAUUAUUAACAUAUUUCUGUUUAUUUAUCAUAUCCAUUGCUUUUUCUAUUUUUAAUAUUUAUAUUAUUAUCACCUAUAACUCAAAAUUAUUUAGAAUUGGGCGUCAUUCCAUGUCAAAUCAUCGUAAACAAAUGGGAAAUGUAAACCAUAUCCCCUUCAUUUUUUAUCAGUUAGUUACUGAUCUAUGGGAAGUAGGGUCGCCUGUCCAAACUCGUUGUUUUUCUGUGGGUCCUCUGGUUUCCUACCAGACCACUUUGUGAAAGCGAAUUAUUGAAAUAGAAAUUGAGCCUAGUUUGUGUUGAAUGGACGUUAAACCCCAUUUCUCUCUCUCUCACUCUGAUCUAUGGUGAUUUGAAGAUUGGAACCCAUGGGCUGUAUUUCAGGUACCGUUAGUUCAAUCAAGGUAAAAGAUGGAAUAUUCAUUUUUUCAGCCAGAACAAGCGUGUGUACCGAGGGACUAUGGUUUACCUCACUGGGUGAAUUGACACAGAAUGACCCUUGAAUAGAAUCAUAUUAUCUAUAUCUCACUCAUUUCUCAUUAAGUUUUCUUGUAUUAUGUUAUACAAGGCAGGUCUAUAGUCUAGGUUAUCAAGACUUUGUGACAUACUAACGUCGUGGAGGUUACCACACUAAAGGUUAAAAAAUCACGAUGUUGGCAAACUAAUAUAUAUGACUAUAAAGAGGUAUAAAUGGAUCUAAGAAAUUAUCCAGUUAGGUUUUUUCUUUAUUUCAAUCUGACACUCUGAUGCAGUCUAUUUAUAACUAAUAGACAUUUGGUUUAGAAAAAAUAGAAGGAAACCUCCACAUAUUUGUUCAGGUAGUAUUUUAUGUCUUGAUGACCACUAGGUGUACCUUGCUUGUACUUUAAUACAAACGUGAUAUAAACUGGUAUUUAUUUCAUAAUUAACUAUAUACCAUCCUAUAUAGCACAACCAAAGCUAUUGCUGCCCAAUUUACUUUUUACUCUUUUUAUGUUGAAUUGAUAUACUAUGUUUGUUUUAUUGUUAGUUAGUGCUAUUUUGUAUCUUUUAUGAAAUGAUAAUGUCAUUUGCACCUCGAUUCUUAUUAAAUCAUUUUAGUUGAUGUAUAACGAAAAAAAAAUGAUUAAUUUACAUUGCAAAAAUUAAAAAAAGGUAAGAACUACUGCUGAUGUUAUAGAUAAUUAAUUUUUUUUUUUUUAAGGAAUCCUCAUGAGUCAUUGUUUAUAGAUUUUAUUGAAUCAAAUCGACUACUAUGGAAUGGAAUACAAUUGACAUGUAAAUACAUAUAAAACUUAUACAAAGAUAACAGGACAAUAGUGAAUGAUCAUAGAUAUAGGAUACAGAUUGACUCCUGUAUUUGGAGGAUAAUUAUAUGAAUCUGAAAUUGCAUGUAGAGAUUAUGAGGAGUACCAUUAUAUUUUAAUUUUAUUUACUUAAGCUAGAAAUAUCUGUACAGUAGCCAAAUGUAGGCUUACUUAUAAUAGACAAUGAAUGUCAAGACAACUGCUGAAGGAAACAUAGACAAUACUAACAGUACAUGAACACAAUAUGAAUAAGAAUUAAAAAAAAAACGGUGAUUGCACAAAGUGUCAACACAAAAAAAAUCAAAAUAAAUUAGUUGAAGUGCCUUACAGAGGUGAAUGAACAAGAAUAUGAUUAUAUAAUAUACACCAGACUGGAAAUAAGGUACAAUCUCUCUGGUGUCUUGUCAUUUUGUCUGGCACAGGUUUGGAUUCUUUAUUCAUAUUUUUAAUACAAGUUCAAGAGGUCAGGUACUGCUAGUUCAUGAUAGUGCCUGACAUUUUGUCAGGUAUAAUUAAAAAUCUUUAUUUCAAGGCUGGAUGAUAGGUAGAAUACAGCUCAUUUUCACUUAAAGUGAGGAUAGUGUUACUAACGUUGUGUGAAUGUUUUUGGUAUCACAUAUUAUAAUAAAGUAUUAAAGUUGAUUUUGAAAUCCAAAGUACAGUAUAUAUAUUUGUUUAUUUUCAUUUUGUGUUUAAAGCGGAAUGAACUUGUAUUUGCAUUAUUAUUAUUAGGUUGUCAUUAUUAUUAUUUGUUUUAAAAUCUUCUAAGUUGUGUGGCUUUGUAAAAACUUGCACAGUUGUCCAGAGGAAAUUAAUAUAAACCAUUCUUACUGAAAAAAGAAGCAUUAUUAACUUAUAUUGAGUGCUGGAGGACCACAUCAAAGAAUAAAGUGAACGUGUGUGACACUGACAACACACAGACAAUAGUAAGGUAAACAUCACAGUUUAUUCUCUAUUUGUUAUUUACAAAACAUUAUUGCUUACUAUGUCAAGAUUUGCUUGGCAUCAAAGAUGUGACUUAAUAAAGAAAACCUUUAAUUUUUAAGAAAAUAUUUAAUUUGAACAUAGUUGUUGUAAUUUUCUGUUAUUUUAUGUAUAUACACACAUUUAAUGAGGACAUAUUGUCAUUACCUGUACAGAAACUGAUCAUUUGAAUCACAAAUUUACAUUCAAACUUAUUAAAGAUUGUAAACACAAUACAUGGCAAAGGAAGAAUCUUAUUGUAUUUCUGAAUUGUAGGAUCUUAAAUUGUGAACAAAUUUCACAGAAUUGAUUUUCUGUUCACAUAUUUAUUACUUUUAAAGCUUAGUGCAGGGUUCAUAAUAGAAUAUUUAAAACUUUCUUUGUCAAAUCUGUCAGCUAUUCUUUUUUAGCAUAGACAACUUUGCUGCUGGUAAUUGUAUAGUGGACUUGACACGCCCAGUCUAUGUUUUAAUUUACCAAUGUUACCAGUAUUUACAUAUUAGUAUAAUAUAUUUAUAUGAUAUUGAAAUUGUUAUCUCUGUUUGGAUCUAAGCUAUUUUCCCCAUUGUACUUUAUUUAGCUUAUUGUAUCUUUGACCUUAACUCACAAAUGCAAGGCUGGAAAUAAGGCACCUGUCAUAGGCAAUGUCAGACAUAAAUUCAGAAUUUGUCAGGGAGAAAUUUGUCUUUAAUAAGUGUGUUUAUUGAUAUUUGUAACACAUAUCUGGUAUAAAGUUCAAAAUGUUAGAACUAGAGUCAUUAUUUCCAGGCCUGCAAAUAUAACAUUUAUAAGGCUACACCAAUUUGAUUUUCUGUUCUUAGUUAACGCCUGUUCAAAUUUGUUUUGAAUAAGGACCAAAGAAAAAGCCUUUAGUUACACUGAUCAAAGGCUUUUACUUCCAGAUUUUAAACAAAAUAUCAUUUUAUGUGAUUCAAGUGUCUAUUUAUUUUUCAAGACAAUUUAAUAACAGAAAAUCAAGUUAGUUUGGCCUAAUCAGAAAAAAAAUAUAUUUGUUACCAAAAGCAUCAUAUCUUUUCAGAAACUAUGAAUUUAAGUCAAUUUGAUGUUUUCUGUUCAUUAUAAAUAUUCUAUUAGAUACAAAUAUGUUCAUAGGAUCUAACACAUGAACCAUUUAUGGCGGAGGAAAUAUAUCUUUAAAUGUGAGAACUUAAGUAUGUAUUAAUGAUAAACAUUAUAUUGUGAGAUCAGUUUAUUUAAAUGAGAGGACUUCUGUAUGCAUUAAUAAUACACAUUAUAGUGUGAGGUCAGUUUAUUUAAAUAAGAGGUCUUCCGCAUGUAUUAAUAAUACAUAUUACAGUGUGAGCUUAGUUUAUUUAAUUGAGAGGAUUUCUGUAUGUAUUCAUAAUACACAUCAUGUUGUGAGGUAUGUAUUAAUAAUACACAUUAUAGUGUGAUGUCAGUUUAUUUUAAAUGUGAGGAGUUCUGUAUGUAUUAAUAAUACACUAGUGUGAGGUACCAAAUGAGAGGAGGUCUGUAUAUGUAUUAAUGAUAGUCAUACAAAUAUAGAGCUAAUUUGAUCAACCGAAAAAGAGAAUCUAAUUUGUCUGCUUAUUAUAAGUGCUUAUAUUUGUUUUGUAUACCAGUUUUUAAACAGUGUAAUUUAUGAGAUAAAUAUACUAGGAAAUAAAUGUUAUAUUUUUUAUAAA